AACGCAUCAUUAAGAUGAGUAAGCUAGCCGCAGUAGCUGUUUUCGGUUAAUUGUUGACGUGUGUGUUGAGCAGUAAACGUUCGAUUCAGCAUACAGUAAUUCUGUUCGCUUUAACCUGGAAAAAAAAAACUUAUGUCAAUUUAUUUGCUCAAGAGGACCAAUACAUUCGAUUGUGUCAAUUAAUUAUUAAUAAUCGCCACCGGAAAAUUCGAACACGAUUUACAGGUAAUGGCAGUAUUUCCAGAUGGAGGAGUUUAUAAAUAGUGACAAGGGACGGGUAACCAUCUAUUCCAUCGAAGGCUGCCCACAGUGCCGGCAGGCUAAAGCUAUUCUGGCUGGUUUGGGAGUUCCGGUAUGUGACGUUGAUCUCAAUGAGCAUCCAAAGCUACAGGCCCCUGUGAAGAAGCUGACAGGACGGAUCGCAGUCCCUCAAAUAUUCUUCAACAACCUUUUUAUUGGGGGCAAUGAAAAACUGCAGAAAAUGGCUCCAGAGGAGCUUCAAAAGUUGGUGAAGAUGGUCAAGGAAGAACCUCUUACAGCCGACACGCUACCGCUACCAGAGGGGAAACCAUCACAGGGUGCUGCUAUGGACACUGAUUGUGGUGAAAAACUUAUUGACUGUGAGAAAGAUGGCUUGGCUGACCUGGUUGCGGAACUUAAAGAUGCCAAUUUGAUUGGCACUCAGAGAAUGGGGCUGUCUUUGUACAAGAAGAGCUUCUCGAAGGACCAACUACUUGCCUGGCUGCAGAACGACAAGGGCAUGGACCAGGGUCAGGCCCUGGGUGUUGGCCAGGCAUUGUUGCUGAAGAAGUACAUGGUCAUUGCCCGAGACCGUGGGGAGUCGGAUAGCAGAUUUGGAGCAGCCAGCAGGGACACGUUGUACAGGUUGAUGGAGGACGACCCGCAUUCAGCGCUGAACGCAGGACAGACGGCAUCCUGCACCCCCGCCGAGGCGGCUGAAAUCUCCUUGCUUUUACGUGAGCUGAUUCUCAAGUUGUUCUCGGAGCAUCUCUCUGCUGACGGCAAGUCGGUGGACUACAAAGGCAUGUCAGAAAACCCAGCGUUUCGGCGCUACUCUGAACUUGCCAUUCAGCUGCAGAGGGUCAAGCUCCUCCCGUUGUCCCGGGAAGAGACGCUGGCCUUCUUCAUCAACAUCUACAACGCCUUGGUCAUCCACGGUUACCUCCGCAUGGGGACUCCCACCAACAAGUGGCAGCGAUACAGAUUCUUCAACUACGUCAGCUAUCUGAUUGGUGGGGAAGUCUUCACCUUACAGGAUAUUGAAAAUGGGGUUCUGAGAGGAAACAGGAAAGGUCUGGCGCAGCUUCGAAGACCCUUCUCCAAAACAGACCCACGACUACAAGUGGCGCUCAAAGAUGUAGAACCGCUCAUUCACUUUGCCUUGAACUGUGGCGCUAAAGGCUGCCCCCCCAUCAAGACCUACACACCGCAGGACAUUGACUGCCAGCUCCGUACGGCAGCCGAGGCUUUCUUGGAGAAUGACGACGCCUGCGUGGUAGAUUCGGGGAAAAAAGAAGUCCGACUCAGUCAAAUUUUCAAGUGGUACAAAGUCGACUUUGGAGGAACUGAUGAGAAGCUGCUGAACUGGGUGCUGAAGCACAUGAGCGACUCCCCCAAGAAGAGCAGCUUGAAGGGGCUCCUUUCUGCAGGGAAGACCAAAGUCAGCUUCCUCCCGUACGACUGGAGCUCCAACAGCAGUCACUGAAAAUAGGCUGACGUCCUCUCAUAGCUCUUUUAUGUCCUGACGAUGGGCUUCCCUUCUCUUCUUCCUCUCUUCUCUACCGUUUAUGCAAAACCCUUAUCAACGGUGGGAGGGAACCAUUUGCACUUUUCCGUCUAAUUGUACUGCUUUUUCAGGUGUUACACACGCAACACACUGUUGUGUCGCAAUAUAAUUCAGAGAAUUUGCACAUAAUAUUUUAAUCCUAGACAUAUCAUCUGCAUGAUAUUUAAUCAUUUUAAUGCAACAUCAGAAACUCAGGAGUCUUGCAUAACCUAAAAUGGAUAACUCUAAUUAAACAGGCUCAUUUUCAGAAUUUUCUAAGAGUGGAUCAUUUUCAGCCCCAAAAAAAGAAUUUUAGUGUCAAAUUAGCUGUAGUUUUAACACAAAGGUUAAAUCAAGGUCUGAUUUGUAAUUAUUUUUUAAAAAGGUGGUGCUCUUUUGUAGGACUGAGCCACAGAAGCACAGAGAGGGGAAUUGCUGUGCAUUCCCUCACCUUGAUCUUCCAAAAUGUGUUGUGAAAUACAUAUCAGAACUUCCAUUCACAGGAUGUCUACUUUGAUUAUUCCUAAAACCUUUGUAUGCACGCACACAAAAAUACAAAACACCUAGUGUCCAUAUAAGGUGAUGUGUCCCAGUUCGGUUGGACCUGAGCUUAAAAAAAUGGCAUAAUAAUAAUUCUGUUGUCUUCUAUAUGGUAGCUCUCUGUUCAUUGUGUGACCCGUGUCCAUUGCAUCUUAAAUAAUCAUUUAUAAAUAAGCCUAAUAAGUAGUUUCCAGUUAUAGUUCUUAAAUGAUUGAUGCAUUACUUUAAGGCUAAGGUUCACUUUGUGUCGACCAUAUAUAUAUAUAUAUAUACAUAUAUAUAUAUAUAUAUAUACAUAUAUAUAUACAGUUAUAGUUCUUAAAUGAUUGAUGCAUUACUUUAAGGCUAAAGUUCACUUUGUGUCGACCAUAUAUAUAUAUAUAUAUAUAUAUUUCUUUGCUUAAUGGUCAUGAUGAAUCCUGUUUUACACCUACAAACUGCACCAAAGCCAUAGCAAAAGCAGCAUGUUGAAUCCAAAAUGCAUGUAGGAAUUAAUGCAGCCUGAAAUCCUUGAAUGCACUGCCUAUGUUUCUGCCUUGUUCUUGGACUGUACAUUUUGUAGAAUAGUUCUUAUAUUUCUUCCAAUGCAGGGAGGGUCAUUAUUAAAGGACAUUGUGUUCAGCCACUUCUUCUGCAUA